CUCGCUUUCUCUCUUCCGUCAGCAACCAGCAAGGGCUACUGGUACUGCUUCCGGACAGGCCAGCUCACGAAGACGCACGAUGAACCCUAACAAGAGACCGCCACCAUCCUCUUCGACAGGGACGUUCGAGGGAGGCGAUGCUACGAAGCGAGCGCGCGAUCAUCCCGACAAGAUCCUUCGGCCUGGGCAGGAGCAGCCUGGAAACGUGCUCUUGGUCCGAGUUACAGACAUCGUCCAUCCGGUGACCAUCCUUGCACUUCAGCAGAUUUUUUCCAGGUUCGGGAAGGUGGAUAAGAUUGUCAUGUUCGACAAGGGCUCCGGCUCACAAGCAUUGGUGCAGAUGGCCAAUGUUCACUCGGCUAUGAGCGCGCACGAAGCCGCGGACAUGCAGGAAAUGUACUCUGGGUGCAAUCUCAUCCGCGUGGGCUACAGUAACCUCCAGAACGUGACCGUCAAGGGAAACACGGAGCGAUCGUGGGAUUUCAACAUUGGCCCUCCUCUUGAGGGCUCUCUGCCCCCGGGUGUAACCCCUGCUCCUACCGCUGCGCCUGGCGUCGGUGCCGACGGGUAUCGCGGCGCCCCUGCUGCAUCGGCGUCCCCUGUCACCCAAGGACCCCCAACCCCCCCGUCGUCAACCUCCCACCGACACACCCCUCAGCAGAGUUACUCCUCCCAGCAGUACUCGCCCUAUUCCGCUGCACAGCAGCCCCAGGCAACCCCGUACGCCCCCCCCGCCCAGCAGCACCAGACAUACACCCCCCCUCAGCAACCUUAUGGCGCACCCUCGGCGCCGUCGACGUAUUCCCCCCAACAUCAGCAGCAGCAGCAGCACCAACAGCAGCCAUACGGUAACGUCAUCCCGAGCGGCGGUGGUGGAUCAUACACCUCCCCUUCAUACAUUCAGCAGGGUUACGCUCCCCCUUACGGCCAAACGUCCACUCCUCCGUUUUCACAGCAACCCUAUAACCCCCAGCCCUAUGGGCAACAUGGGUACAGCAGUCGAGGCGGGGCGCGCGGCGGUAGUAGUGAUGACAACGGCGGCGCCAGCGGUAGCAACGGCAUCGCGGCGGCAGGUAGCGGAAGCUACUCCCGCCCCCCGCCUCCCCACGCUUCAACGAAUUACUACACCUCUCCCGCCAACAACGUCAUGCCCCAACCCCAGAGCGGUCCGUACGGUAGCAUUCCUUUCUCCUCCGAGAGGAGCCCUGGCGGUUUCGGAUCGAUGGGCAUGGGUGGCGGCCUUGGUGGUGGUGUUGGCGGCGGCGGCGGCGGCGGCGGCGGUGGCGGGGCAAGGGCGAUUCCCUACUCUGGACGACCCGGCCGGGGGGGCGGGACGGGCGGCCCGGGCGGCCCGGGCGCUGGCGGCCUUGGUGGCGGAAGCGGAGGAGGUCAAGGGAGAGCGGCUGCGGGGCGGGGCCCACCGUUGGGUUCUGGCGGCGGCGGUGGCGGCGGCGGCGGCGGCGGCGGCGGAAGUGGGCUAUUGCAGGCACCCAUGCACCGGCAAGGCCCCAUGUUCCCGCACGACAAUGGGAACUACCGAUCUCAGAUGAGGUUCCGCUCGUCUGAUAAAAAGCCGACGACCAAUGCAGCGCCCGGAGGCGCAAUCAAGCCGAGGUCUCGUGUUCCUCGCCUCGAUCCUGUCCAAAUUCAGGCACUAACGGCAGCGGCGGCCUUGGCAAAGAAAUCGGUCCGGCAGCCCAAGUCGGAAGAAAUUGUGGAGGGCAAAGAGAGCGGCAGCAAAACAGCUACAUUAGCGGGGAGGGGAGGUGGCGGUGGGGACGGCAAGACCUUGUCCGGUUUCGUGAAGGAGGGUGCGGGAUCUAGCGGAGGUAGCGGCAACAAGACAGCGAACAAGCGGGAGGCCGCGGAAAUGCUGGGGCCGGACGCUACCGAACAGCUGGCUGCGGCGACAGCCAAGGUGUUUCUGGAAAAGAGGACCAAUAAACGCGAGGCGGCAGAGAUGCUGGGCCCCGACGCGACGGAUCAGCUGGCGGCUGCGACGGCGAAGGUUAGGGUUAGUGACGACGGGGACGGCGAAGAGGCUUCGUUGUCGGCCGAAAAGGACGUAGAGGCGGGCGACAGCUUGGAAAAGGCGGGGAGCCGGCAGGACGAGAGCAAGCGCAAGGCAUGCACGGUAGAGGUUGACGACGAGGGUGAAAAGGGUUAUAGUGGGAAGCGAACGGCCGGCGCUGGCGGGGGUAGUGUAGGAGAAGAAGCCCUGGUGGAAGGCGUGGUGACCCGGCGAGGGGGGCUCAGGAGCGGAAGCAGGGGAGGUGGAAAAGAUUUCCCGCCAGAGGACAAGGCAAAGGGAGCGGGCGUUGCGCUAGAAGAGAAGGCAAAGGCAGACGGUGUUGAGGUCGCGGAGGGAAAAGACCCUUCCACGUCGCAGGAAACCGGCGAGGAGAAGGUUGAGGGGGCUACCCAGUGUGACGGCACGACCGGCAACGCAGAAGAAGGGGAGCAAGCGGAGAACGGAGAACACGACGAGGAAACUGAGUCCGAGCCCGAAGUAGAGGCAGGGGGAGAGGACAAGAAGAAAGAGGAGGAGGAGGAGGAGGAGGAGAAGCUCGAAGCCGGUGACGAAGUAGAAGGGAGGAGCAAAGGAAGGUGUGAAGUUGAAGCCGGUGAGAAGCAAGGGGAAAGGAAAGCCAGCGAUGGGGCCGAAGGAGAGACUAAAGUUAAGGUCGAGACGGAGGACGAGGCCGAUGCCGAGGCCGACGCUGAGGGCGAUGGCAACCAUGAUGAUGAAGAUGACGAAGCCGCGGGAGACGGAGAAGAGGAGAGAGUUGACGUUGGGGCUUGGGCUGCGGCUGGUCCGGUUGCUCGGUCUCCCAUUGUCAUGGUGCGACACGUCGACACGCUCGAGGUUAGCCCAGGCGCCUUCUGCCACCUUUUCGGGCUGUACGGUGACGUGAUGAAGGUGAAAAUUGUUGCCAGCCGAGGGAUGGCUCUCGUGCAGAUGAGGUACCCCGUCCAAGCUGCCAACGCCCAGCGCCUGCUGGACCAGACACCGCUCUCCGGCAUGACGUUAGAGGUCAAGCCGUCCAGCCAGUGGACUAUCAACGACCCAACCGCUACAGACUUCAGCGGGGUCCAGGGAUUGCACAGGCAAUCGUGCUGGGAUCGUUUUGCGUUCAGUACGACCCCUACACCUGACGACAAGCGCUACCGCGACUCCCUGUCGCCGCCGUGCCCUACGCUGGUGGUGGACAACGUGUCUCCAGACGUGACCGCUGAAACCAUCACCUCCAUUUUUGCGAAGCAUGGGCCGGUGUCUUCCGUAGACCUCGACACCCAUGCCAAGGCCCCGUUGGACACGAUAUCAGCCCGUGCAAGCACCGGGGGUAGCAACGCUGAGCCUACCAAGCCUUCGGUGCAGGCCCUGGUGCACAUGGAAGCGGACGGGAAAGUCCGCGCAACGGAAGCUGCAGUGCACGCGCUCAUCAUGACCCACAACCUCACCUUGGCGGAGCGCAGGCUGCGUGUAUCUUUCCUGAGCGGAAAGCACCAUAUCGAGAAGUAAAGUAAACCAAGUGGUGCUGUAAACGGCUAUGGAGAGCGGAUUGAAGGAUGAACUGGCGGAGACAACGGCGUAUGAUUGGUAGUGGGGAGAGAUCGGUUUGCUUCGGUUCAUGUCGUUGGACCUGUUGUCUCAACGCGGCUUGUAAGGGGUGGAAGCCGCGCUCUUGGCACGGCGGUAUUCUGUUGUUCUAGACUCGGCAGUGUUCUUGAUUUCACGCGCGCUGUCCGUGUGAUUCUGGUGCGCAUAUGGAUCCGGACACCUUUGCGUCAAUGUCUCAGUCUUGUGAGGAGAGAACAAUUUCGCCUGUAGCGUGUAUAUCACUGAUCAUGACAUUUUGCGAGAAGUUCAUUUAGUAUCUAAAUAUCAAGGUGUUUGAGGAUUCCCGCGAAGUACGAAGUUUUGCACUCGAAUGCCGAUGCAACCAACACCUGGGGGAAUUAUAAUGUUGGUACACGGGUGGAUGAGUGAUGUUGUGGGUUCGAGUGUAACACACGAUUCGUUUUGUGUUCCAUGAUUCCGUCGGCUUCCAUCCAGCAAACCCUGCUAAUUCUAACGCAAAUCGUGGUGCGGAGGUACUUUGAAGCACUUCGACGUUCUGAGGGUCGGAGUGCCGAAGUUCGAAAGACUGGUGUUCGCUGGAUUCAUAAUCGUGGCGUUGAUUGAUGAAGGUAGUUGUUCUGAUUCACCCAUCGAAGAUGGAGGUGAUACACGCGUGUGAAUCGCAUCAGCGAAGAAUCGGAUAAUAUCACGCAAUGACAUCCG